GUUGAACUUACGAAGGAGGGUCCAAAUGGGAUGCAGGAACAAAAGUUCAACGUGCUCACAGCUGUGGAUUAUGCGUCGGAUUUUGCCCAGCAGAUUCUCACACCUGCCGGCCCAUGUAGCGUCAGCAAGGCUUUUCAUGACAUGUGGUGCCGUCCUUAUGGACCUCCUAAGGUGGUGUAUGUGGAUCCAGAUCAGCGUUGGAUGUCUGGGGAUUUUCAGAAGUACCUCCGUCAAAAUUCCAUCACCUUGUUGGACAGUGCAUCCGAGUCCCACUGGCAGCUGGGCAGGGUUGAGAUUGCUCAGAAGAUUUUGCGACGCAUGGCCCAGCGCAGAGAGCCCCCUGUCCCUGGCAGUUUGGCCGAUGUCACCGAACAGAACAAUGAUGAAGUGGCAUUCCGCCAUCUUGCGCGUGAAUAUUGCUCGGGCCAGAUUUCUCCCCGGGGCCAGCCAUCUGUCCGUCACCGAGAGGGCGACGUAGAUGAAUCUCCAUCACCUAAGAACAGGCGUGUAGCCGUAGAAGAUGAUGGGAUGGCUGGAUACUCCCCUUCCAUUGCACCUGAUGAGCCUGCUGGCUCAGCUGAACCGGUUCCCCUCGCCCCACUAAGUGAAGGGCCAAGCAACAGCCCUGGCGACUCUCAUGGCCCUGAAGUAGACAUGCCACCCUCAGAAGAUGCCAUGUGUUGUGAGAUCUCCCUUGAUGUUUUCUUGUCAGAUAUCCGGGAUGAUGCAUCCUUGUGGCAGGUCCUUGAAGAGUGUGCCAUGGUGACACCGAAACCGGGUCAGAAACGCAGAGUCGAAGUUGUUUUUCCAAAGCUUGGCACGGAUGACCAACAGCGUUUCCGCCAGGCCAUGUGCAAGGAAUGGCAAAGUUGGCUGGAGAACAAGGAGAGCAAACAUGUGAUCUUGAGCAUUUGCGCUAGCAAGGGAUGGGUGAUCUGGGGAGCCGACAUCAAGACGGCAUUCCUAUCAGGUGAUGCUUCCAACCGCGACCUUUUCUUUAAGCCGCCAAAAGAGGUUCAGGAGAUCAUGGGCCUUGAGCCCGAUGAUGUUCUCCGGCUCGAGAAGGCAGCGUACGGCUUGGCCGAAGCGCCCCGAGCAUGGUUUCUGCGGCUUCCCGAGAGCUUGCAGCAGUUGGGCUGA